UACGCCACAUCUUUAUAAUCAAGAUAAUGGCGAUGUUUCCCUGGUCGGCUGUUUUCUCCCUUGAGCCCAAAGUGCCCGGCCAGCGCACCACAGAGGAGCUGGUGACCAACACUUUGAUGCUGGAGCUGGGGGCCAUGGUGAAACGCACCGAGCGCAUCAGGUUAGAGAGGGCGACGGAGGGCCGGCGCCGGCGUCGCAGCUCCUCAUCCACGGCCGACUACAGCUGGCUGGCCACCGCGCCGACCCCGCAGCCCUACGAGCUGACCCCCAACGACCUGCUGGAGCUGCAGGACCUCUGUGCCAAGAUCCCCCCCGCACAGUGCGGCCCCGUCAUCGUCAGGUUCAGGCGGCUGGUGUCACAGAUGGAGCCCGAGGUUCACGAGGUCCCCCGCCUCUUCCGCUCGGUGCUGCGCGACUGCGUGGAGGAGAUGAACACGAACGAAGACAUUCAGGCGCAGCCGGAAACCGUGUACGAAAAGCAGCAGCGCAGCAAGAGCCUGUCCUUCGUCACUUUCCGCACCAAGUUCCGCACGGGGCAUUUCUUCAACAAGAGCAGCGGGGUGAGGGGCUCCCGGGGAAACCUGCAGCAGCAGGUGGAUUGGUCGGACGAGGAGGAGGAGGAUGGAGAGGAUGAGGAGGAGGCCAUCAAGGCCAGGGCGAGGAAGGGAAGGAGCAGAAGCAUGCCAGAGAUUACUCCAAUUGAACAGAGUGCCCAGGGGUGAGGCCAGUGAGGGGGGAUGAGGGGGGAAGGCAGAAGAAGUGAGGGGAUAUUUUCAUUUUCACUUCAUGUUCUGUUGCCUGUUGAAAGAUUUCUGAAGCCUUUGUUGUGCUGACGGCUCAGUGCAAACAGUA